AUGACCUCUGUACUAGCAAGACGACUUCUGUCAAGAGGUGUAAGUUAUAGUUUUAGUAUAUUUGUAAGAUACAAUUCAUCAAAACUAUUCAAAGAGGAUAGCUUGGUAAAGAAUAAGAAUAAUUUUAAUGAUAAGUUGAUGGCUACUGUAGAUGGUAGGCUGCCGUAUGGACAAUUGGGAUUGGAUUAUGAAGAUGACAAGCUAAGAAAAAUAAUAGAAACUUCCAACUUUGGAGCAGCAAAGGAGGAGCAAAGUAGAAAGGAAUAUAGUGUUGGAGCAAGUACCGUAGAGCAAAAGGACAAUGAUUCUGUGAAUGAUUUGAAGAACGCGAACUCAUAUUCCGGUGAUAGUGAAGACUUUCUGAUCAAGAUGAAUGGUAACGAUGACAUUGGGAAUUCUAUUCAUAAUCAAAUUCCCAAUUUGCCGUCUGAUAAGGAGAACAAACGUAGUGAUUUAGCUAAAAGAUUGGAGAAGUAUUUGGAUUCUUUGCAAGAUACGAUAUUCACAGCUACCAGGGCAUUGAACGAUGUGACUGGGUAUUCUUCGAUUGAAAAAUUGAAAAAGUCUAUAGAUGACCUUGAGAACGAGCUAAAAAGAGCUAGAGAUCAGGUCAAAUCAAGUAAAGAACUAUACUCUGAGGCGAUAAGUCGUAGAUCUAAGCUGCAGAAAGAAGUGAACGAAUUACUUACCAGGAAGCAUAACUGGUCUGGGGAAGAUUUGGAAAGAUUUACCAAUUUGUAUAGAAACGAUCAUGCAAAUGAACAAGCAGAAGUAAAUGCGCAAGUAAAGUUGGAAGAAUCGGAAAGAAAGGUUGAUUCCAUUCAAUUGAAGUUGACCCAGCUGAUUUUGACUAGAUAUCAUGAGGAACAGAUUUGGUCCGAUAAAAUUCGUAGAGCGUCCACAUGGGGUACUUGGAUAAUAAUGGGGUUGAAUAUGGUAUUGUUCAUAGUUGCUACCUUCUUAAUUGAACCAUGGAAGAGGAAGAGAUUGGUUGGGUCCUUUGAAGAUAAAGUGAAGCUAGCUCUAUUUGAGACUAGUGAACAACAGAAUUGGAAGAUUGACGAAAUAAUGAAAGAAAAUCUGGAAAGGAGUAAGGCAGCGAGUAAGACCGACGCUGUUAAUAGAGGAAGUGAUAGUACUAGUGCCAAGUCGUGGUUUUUCAAUCUAGGAGGUGAAAAUGUACAGUUUGAUGAAAAACCCAAUCUGACAAGUAAAUUACCAGUAGAAGGUCUUCUAGACUGUACAUUGACCACAUCAGAUUAUGAAGAUAGUACGUUUUCAGUUGUCAAGGACAAAUUGCUGCAAUAUUUAUCCAAAGAUGUCAAAUACGUGCAGAUGGACAAAUCCAACCUCAAUUUCUUGUUUACAUCAUCCGUUGGUUUUGGAGUAUUGUUAGGAUAUGCAUUGACCUACUUGGUAAGGUAA